UGUAUGCCUGCAGGCCAGAAGAGGGCACCAGAUCUCAUUACGGAUGGUUGUGAGCCACCAUGUGGUUGCUGGGAAUUGAACUCAGAACCUCUGGAAGAACAGCCAGUGCUCUUAACCACUGAGCCAUCUCUCCAGCGCCCCCCCACCUUUUUUAAGGCCAGUGAUGAGUCUAUUUUUAUCCAUUACAUCCUGUCACUUUGAAGCACCCCUGGGUGCUGAGAGUGCUGCGGAUGAGAGAGCACCCCUGGGUGCUGAGAGUGCGAACUGUCACCCUUUCACUGAAGAAGGAUCCCGCGAGACGAAGCACGCCUCUUGUCCCACACCAGAGCCGGGGCAGUUCUUUCCAGCUUUUCCUAGCUGAGUGCCCCACUUUGAAGGCAGGCGUUUUCCAAGCAUACCAGCAUCCUACACGGGGCGGGGCUCCGGAACCCUGAGUGGCCUGCCCAAGUUCCCUCAGCUUAGCAGGUGACACAGCCAAGAUUAAACCUGCAUCUGACCCCAAAACUCAAGCUGAUCCCCGUUGUUGGUUGUUUUUGCUCUUUUUUGGGGGGCCUGCCAACGAGUUUCCAGACAAAUCACACACAGAGAUGUGUUCUUAAUUAUUAAUGCCCAGCUUUAGCUUGGCUUGUUUCUUGACAGCUUUUCUUAACUUUAAAUUAUCCCAUCUACUUUUGCCUCUGGGCUUUUCCUGUUCUCUUUCUUCUGUAAAUCUUACUCUUAACUCUGUGGCUUGCUGUGUAGCUGGGUGGCUGGGUGGCUGGGUGGCUGGCCCCUGGGGUCCUCCUCUCCUUGUCCUCUGGCUACAUCUUUUUUUUUUUUUCCUUCCAGAUUUCUCCAUCUAUUUAUACUCUCUGCUGGCCAGCCCCACCUGUUUCUCUCUCCUGCCUCGAUAUUGGCCAUUCGGCCCCUUAUUUGACCAUCAGGUGUUUUAGACAAACACAGUAACACAGCUUCACAGAGUUAAAUGCAACAUAAACAAAAGCAACACACCUUAAAAUAAUAUUCUGUGCCGGGCGGUGGUGGCACACCCCUUUAAUCCCGGCACUCGGGAGGCAGAGCCAGGCGGAUCUCUGUGAGUUUGAGGCCAGCCUGGUUUACAGAGCGAGCUCCAGGACAGGCAUCAAAACUACACAGAGAAACCCUGUCUCGAAAAACAAAAACAAAAACAAAGUCUCCAGGAUCCACUGAAACCCUGGGGACUGUAUCUUUUUCCUCCUCAGGACUCUGGAGGACUUACAGGCAUUCCCCACAAGCCUUGGGAAUAAUGCCUCAACUUCCAACACUUCAGGGGGCUGCCCAGUUGCUCUGGCAGUGGCUACAUUGUGAGGUGGUCCGGGUAACAGACAGUGUGGCUGGGGUGGGAGGCAACAGAGGAGUUUGGGUACAGUGGCAUCAUUUUGGGCUUUUCCUGCCCUCACACCCUGCUGGGGCUAUUACCAUAUCAUCAUGGGUAGUGCCUACCACUGGGAGGCUCGGCGUCGGCAGAUGGCUUUGGAACGGAGGAAGGCGAUGAUGGUACAGCAGCAGAAAGAGCAGGAAGAGAAGAAACAGGAAGAAAAGAAACAGCAUUCUGAGAAAAAAUCUCAGCCACGUCAGGAUUCAAAGGGGCCUCCUCCGCCACCUGCAAGGCAGCAGCCACAGGGACAGGCAGACCCACAGCCACCACCUGGGCCAAAGCCACCAAAGGAGCAAGACCCUCCCACACAGAGCACCUUCAAGGAUGACCUACAGAAGGGCACCCAAAGGCAAGGCCCCAGCCAGCCUCAGCCAGCGGGGGCCCAAAAAGAUGGACAGCAAUCCUGUAGAACGAGUGGACCCCCAAUCCUUCCAGGUCCUGGUGAGUGCACCACCUGGGAGCCCCUUGCGCCCACCCCAGCCCCUGCAGUUCAGCUCUAUUGGCCCCUGUCCUCUCUGACCCUUCCCAGCACCAGUAGCCUUUAUUGGCAGAGAAAACUGAGCCCUGUAAACCGUAGAACAGGGACUCACAGAAUGGCUUCCUCUUGGGAAUUCUUCAGUGUAGGUUCAAUCUGUGCCUUGACCCAGGAAAAAGCCUGCUCCCACCCCCAGCCGCCUCAGCAACUCCCAGGUGAGUGAUUUGUGCUUUGUCUUAUCAGGUCCCACGAGUGCAUGCCAGGCUAGCCCUUCUACAUAUUCCCGACUCACGGUGAGAGGCAAGGGGGCUUCUUAGCAGGGGUCCCGGGAGAGGACCGGAGUCAUUUAAAAGUCACUUCUGGGUUUUGUUUUGAAAUUAUUUUGGUGGUACUGGGGAUCGAACCCAGGGCCUUGUGCAUGCUAGGCAAGCACUCUGCCCCCGACUGCUCCACUCCACUCUGCUCUAUGCCACCUUCCUUUCAAAAAAUUUUUUUUUACUUAAAGAAAGAGUAGUUAAGUGUAUUGUACACGUGUCUGAGGCGGCCAGAAGACGGCAAUGGAGCUGGAGUUAACAGGUGGUUGUGAGCUGCCGUGGGUGCUGGGAA